AUGGCGUCUUUGCUUCCAAUCUUAGCAUCUGUUCGUCGUGGUCUCUUCAAUCGUCUGCUUACCACGACAGCAAGCCGAUCCGCAGACCCAUGGCUGCUUCCUAACACUCCCGAGCACCUGGCGUCGACAACCACACCUGCUGACAUGCCAGCGCCAGUCCCUCUUCCUCGACCGGGGGAGAUACUCGAGACGAUGCGUGCGAGGCUUGUUUACCAAGCACGAAAGCGAGGAACGCUUGAAAGCGACCUGUUGUUGAGCACAUUCGCAAAGGAGGAGCUCGGGUCUAUGAAUGAGGAAGAGCUAAGGGAGUUUGACAAGCUCAUGGAUGAGGCCGACUGGGAUAUCUACUACUGGGCAACGGAGAAGAGAACGCCGCCGGAGCGAUGGGUCAACUCGAUGUUACUGGAGAAACUGCGGAAGCAUGUCCGAAAUGAGGGGAAAGUCGUCCGUCGUAUGCCAGACUUGUAG